GCAGAACACACACACAAAAAAAACAAAAAACUUUCGAACAUCAUCCUGUGAAGAAAGCACUAGAAGUUUUUUUGAUUUUAGUCAAUUAAUAAAGGAAAGAAUUUAAUAAAACAAAAAGUAUUUAAGUAAAAUGUCUGCCGAAGAAGAACAGUUCGACAGUGUACUGCUGGCGUUGGCCACAAAGCAUCGUGGAGGCGUGCCUGAUUUCCUUCACACAUUGGCCAGCUUUUUGCGUCGCAAAACUGAUUUCUACACUGGAGCUAAUCCGGCUGAAUGGGAAAAGCUUCUACUUGAUGUCUUCCGCAAGGAGUCCAAACUGGCUCUGGCCGAUCACGAAGCCGCCCAACGUAUUAAGCAGGAAAAGGAGCGCAUCGAGUUCGAGGCACGUCAAAAAGAAAUGAACGAGAGUAAAAUUUGUGAUAUUACGGAUGAAGAAGCCGCUGCCAUUAUCAAAGAAGAACAGGACAAAAAGCGUCCAAAUGUUCCGGAUACUACUGCCUCCGCUGGCGGAGAUUCAUCAAGUCGCGAAGACAUUUCCAAGCCCAUUGAGAAGGUUGAAGAUGAGACCGAAAAGAGCGAAUUGGGUAAAUUGCUACCAAAUGCUGGUAAUGGCUGCACUCUGGACAAAUAUAUGUGGACUCAGACUUUGCAGGAGGUUGAGCUCAAGAUUCACUUCGACGUGAUAUCGUCUUUGAAGGCCCGCGAUAUUGUGGUCAACAUUGGCAAGAAAACUUUGAAAGUGGGCCUAAAAGGUCAAGAGCCCAUCAUCGAUGGUGAGUUGUGUGGCGAAGUAAAGCAAGAAGAAUCCGUCUGGGUCUUGCAAGAUAGCAAAACGGUUAUUAUCACAUUGGAGAAAAUCAAUAAGAUGAACUGGUGGAGUCGUCUGGUGACCACAGAUCCAGAAAUAUCCACACGCAAAAUCAAUCCGGAGCCAUCGAAACUUUCGGAUCUGGACGGUGAGACGCGUAGCAUGGUGGAAAAAAUGAUGUUUGAUCAGCGUCAAAAGGAAAUGGGUUUGCCCACCAGUGACGAUCGCAAGAAACAGGAUAUACUUGAAAAAUUUAAACAACAACAUCCCGAAAUGGACUUCUCCAAGUGUAAAUUCAAUUAGUUCUAUUACCAACACGUCUCACAUCCCGGAAUCAGCAUUCGCAUCCGCAUAUGCCUAACUUUAAUUUCUUUUUUUUUUCUACUACUGUAAUACUUCAGUAUGUGCAUUUGUUUUUCUCUCCUUUAAAUAAAUGAAAAAUGUGAAUAUAUAACGAUAAUCUUAUAUAACGAAUAUAUAUUCUUCGCCUUAAAUUUUAAA